CACUUCUUGCCAACACACCCACACCCAUCUCCCCUCUCUCUCUCUCUCACUCUCUCUCACUCACAGACUACUGCAUUAGCAGACUUCUUCUCUAAACGGAGCAAGCACCAUUGAGGCAUCUUCUAACAAAACAUGGCUCUUUUAGCUUUUCUAGUGCUCUUCUUGGCCAUGACUGGCCAUUCAAGUGCCACAUGGUGUGUUUGCAAGGAGGGAUUGAGUGACGCAGUCCUACAGAAGUCACUGGACUAUGCAUGUGGAGCUGGGGCUGACUGCAACCCUAUCCAUCAAAAUGGACCUUGUUACAACCCCAACAGUGUUAGGGCUCAUUGCUCCUAUGCAGUCAACAGCUAUUUCCAGAAGAAGGGUCAAGCUCAAGGCUCCUGUGAUUUUGCUGGCACCGCAACUGUUUCUGCAUCUGACCCUAGUGUUACUGGUUGUGCUUUCCCUUCCAGUGCCAGCACCUCCGGCACCAGCACAACUCCGGUGACAACGACGCCAUCCACCACCACACCCUCAACCACAACCCCAUCAACCACCACCACACCUACAACUGUUACACCUACAACCACAAGUCCGUACACAGCAACACCUUCCAAUGGAGUGCUGGGAGGGAUUGGCAGUGGUGUAGGGCCUACAGGAGCUGGUAUCAACACAGAUGAGAGUCAUGGUGGGCUUAGGCUGGUAGACACUACCUUCUUCUCUUUCUUUAUGACCCUGUUGUUUACAGCCUUGAUGCUUUGGUGGGGUUGAAGAGAAGAAAAAGUAGUGGCUGUGAUGGUGGUGGGGUAGGGUGGUCAGAGAUGAUGCUGGAUUUCAAUAUCCAGAGCUGGUUAUCCAUGUGAUUCUCCUGUUGUUUUGUAGGUGUUCGUCUAAAGACAAUCUUGCUAGGUUUUGUUUUUUUCUUCUCCCUCCUACUUCGUAUAAAAGGUGGGCUUUUGAUUC